CGAGAAAAUUCCGAGAAAAGAAAAUCCUCUCUGUUUCUUUGAUCUGUGUGAGAGCGAGAGAGUUAGAAGUGUGAAGAACAACUGAAGCAAUGGCGACGAUGGCAGUUUCGGGAGCCACAGCCGCAGCCACCCCCACACCCGCGGCCGCCGCCACUGAAACACAGAAGAAGAACAGAAUCCAGGUUUCCAACACCAAGAAACCCCUCUUCUUCUACGUUAAUCUUGCUAAGAGGUACAUUCAACAACACAAUGAGGUGGAGCUUUCUGCCUUGGGAAUGGCAAUCACUACGGUUGUCACAAUUGCAGAGAUUCUAAAGAAUAAUGGACUGGCUACAGAGAAGAAAGUUUUGACUUCCACCGUGGGCAUGAAAGAUGAAAACAAAGGCCGUUUGGUUCAGAAAGCCAAGAUUGAGAUAGUUCUGGGGAAGUCGGAGAAAUUUGAUUCUCUGAUGACUGCGGCUACGGCAGUACCAGAGGCGGCGGCGGCGACAACAGCGGUGGCGGUUUCUUUUGUACGUUCUUUUGUCAACUGGAUUGCGAUACUACCGUUGUUAUCUACUUCUAGAAACCAAAAACUUAAGCUGGAUGGUUCCCUGUUGGAACUCGAGUAA